GCCGCGAGAAACAACUUAAAAGCACAUUGCUCCUGCUCCUCUUUUUGCACACACUUUCCCCUUGCCAAAGUGCAACUACAAGUCAUGCAGCCGUGCACUGAAACGAAAGAUGCUGACAUUUAUCAACGCCCAGUGGCUCUCCUUUCGACCGCCGAAUUGAGAGAGGCUCUUCCAGAGCUUGCGAGCAUUUUCAAAAAGACCUGGGUCUAUGGCUACUGGAUGAAGAACAAAUACAUGCGUCGACUCGCUGAAAUGAGGAAGCUCAAUUGGAAAAAGAAGGCGGAAUCUGUUUCCUUCAAAAUUAUGGACGAAAUAGUACUUUCGACCGGCGUUUUCUUCAGUUUUCACGCUGCUAUAUAUCGGGGACAAUCUGCUGGGAUCAUUGGAUUUGCUACAGACGAUGAAAGGCGAAGGCUGGACCGCAACGAGUUUUCCGAUAGAGCGAUGGACAAGGUACGGAGGAAGAUUGGAUUGCCCGACGGAACGAAACCCAGAUGGUAUGAACUAAGUGGGGAGGAAUACGACCCUAAUGAGGAUCUCGAGAGCGAAGACGAGGAGUUUCCGGAGGACCCUGAAGAUGUUCUACGAUGCAAGGCAAUAUCACGCCCAAGCAUACCAGACAACAUGACAGUGGCGGAAAUGUUAGAAUUGAUUUAACUCUGGAGCAUUCGUGCAGAGGUUCGUAUCUCUCACCGGUCGUCGAGCUGUCAGUGUACUUUUACUGUGGAUGUGAAUGAUAUUACC